AUAUGGCCAAUCUGUCCCUGAACGACAACGACGGCUCCAGCGCCUCGGACCAGGACACACUGGCCCCACUGCCGCCCCCCGGUGCCUCCCCCUGGCCCAUGAUGCACACCUUCCCCUAUCAACCGUACCCCACCCACCCUUACUCCAGCCAGCCCCCUCCGUACCACGAGCUCACCAGCUACAGCUACGCCCCCGGCAGCACCGGCAGCCAGCACAGUGAAGGGAGUCGAAGCAGCGGCUCAACGAGAAGCGAAGGCGAGCGCCGUCGYGGCAACAAAGGUCCCGGCAGCACCGUGGGCGGAGGAGAGAAGUCCCCCUCAGGCGGAGGAGGCGACGGCGGCGGGGCCGACUCCCGCUCCGGCAGUGGAAGCGAAUCGGAGUACUCCACCCGCAGCAGCCUGAGGCGGGGCCACGGCUCUUCGGCCCCCAGCGAGCACAGCCACGCCUCCUCGCAGCGCUCGCACCAUCACCGCCUGCCGCAGCCCCCGCACAUGUCCCCCUACCCGCCGGGCAUCCUGCCCUACAACCCCAUGAUGGUGAUGAUGGUACCCCAGCACCCGGCCAUGGCCACCGCCCACGCCCUGCAGCAGCUCCCGGCGGCGCCGAUGCACCAGGCCCUGCCCCCGCCCCCCUCCUCCACUCCGGGCGGACCUCCCGGCGCCCCACCGACACGCGACCUGGGCUCGGUCCCCCCGGAGCUGACCGCGUCCCGCCAGUCGUUCCACCUGGCCAUGGGAAACCCCAGCGAGUUCUUCGUGGACGUCAUGUAGUUUCACUUCCUGUUUGUUUGCGCGAGGACCCGCUCUCGAGUGUUUAUCGGAUUCAGGACAACGUGUUGGAAAUUAGGUGAAAACAGGGUUUAAAAUGGCAAAGUUCAACAAGUAAAAUUAAAUAUAAUCUGACAAAACGUGUCUAAAAACCRUCUCAUCUUAAACAAAUCCACCUCAGAGCUCUUUUGUUGGUUCCAAAUGACUCAUUCCUGUUUCGUUUUUCUUCAAAGWGCAUAUUAGGAUAUUAGAUGUUAGUUCUUGCUUCUCAGUAUGUUUUUAUCCCAGACUGCUGGCCUGUGAMUCAUACAGAUUACCACCAGGGGGCGACAGAAACACUGAGCUCUGAAAGGAUUCAACCCUGCAUGAACAGUUCGGUCAGAUCCAUGAGUGCAGUGAGUGCCUUUGUUUGUUUGUUUUUUAAGAGACGAUUUUAACACUCCAGGUACAAAAACAUGACGCUGUUCCACAUUGUUUGACAAUGAACUUCUCUGUACAUAAACAUACCACUCCCAUGUAAAGAGCAAACUCGAAUGUGAAAACGAUAAUAGGUCCAAACUGUCAGGGAACUUGGGUUCCAGUGUCAUUGCCUAGGUGUGGUCCUCUUAACGACUCUUAUUGUGAAAGGGUACCAUGAUUUCCUGAAUGUGACUGCAGAGGUUUGAUGGUACUUAUUGAUGACAUGCAGUGUAUAGCUUUACUGUGAUCCAAAUGUUCCAGCUUCUCUGCUUGUUUUAUGUUACAGACUCACUUUAUUCACCCGUUUUGUUUUGUUUKUUGUUUUUGUACGAGUGACUAUACAAAUCAAGUAUAACCCAACUAUAAAGGUGCUAAAUGAAGAGUCAACAUUUCAGAAACACAUUGGCCGUGUCACUUUGAUUUCAUGUUGCCACCUUUUUUUGUGUAUUUGAGAAUAAAUUUGAUACUAGCUUAC